AUGAAAACCCAAACUGGAGAGAAACCAUUCACAUGUGAUCAAUGUGGAAAGAGUUUUACACGUAAAGAUCACCUUAAUAGACACAUGAGAAUUCACACUGGAGAAAAACCCUUCACAUGUGAUCAAUGUGGAAAGAGUUUUACAACUAAAGAUCACCUUAAAACACACAUGAGAAUCCACACUGGAGAGAAACCAUACACAUGUGAUCAGUGUGGAAAGAGUUUUUCAUUCAUGGGUAACCUGAAGACACACAUGAGAAUUCACACUGGAGAGAAACCAUAUCCAUGCCAACAGUGUGGGAAGAGUUUUGGAUAUACCAGUAACCUUAUGAAGCAUUUGAAAACUCACACUGGAGAGAAACCAUACAUGUGUCAACAGUGUGGAAUGAGUUACACAACUAAAGGUUACCUUCAGGUACACAUGAGGAUUCACACCGGAGAGAAACCAUUUCCAUGUCAUCAGUGUGGGAAGAAGUUUGGAUGUGAAAGUAGCCUUAAGAACCAUUUGAGAAGUCACACUGGAGAGAAACCAUUCACAUGUCAACAGUGUGGAAAGAGUUUUUCAAUUUCAGGCACUCUUACGACACACAUGAGGAUUCACACCGGAGAGAAACCAUACACGUGUCGUCAGUGCGAAAAGAGUUUUAGAUCUAUAGGUAACCUUGAGGGUCACAUGAGAGUUCACACUGGAGAGAAACCGUUCGCAUGCACACAGUGUGGAAAGAGUUUCAAAAGUAAAAGUCACCUGAGUAGACACAUGAGUAUUCACACCGGAGAGAAACCAUUCACAUGCCUUCUGUGUGGAAAGAGUUUCAUGACUACAUCUCACCUGAGGAGACACAUGAUAGUUCACACUCGAGAGAAACUGUUCACAUGUCAACAGUGUGGAAAGAGUUACUCAGAUCAAAGUUACCUUCAGGUACACAUGAGGAUUCACACUGGAGAGAAACCAUAUGCAUGUGAUCAGUGUGGAAAGAGUUUUAUAUGUGAUGGUGCACUUAAGCUACACAUGAGAACUCACACAGGAGAGAAACCCUACGCAUGUGAUCAGUGUGAAAAGAGUUUUAGAAGUUCAAGUGACUUUAAGAGACACCUGAUAGUUCACACUGGAGAGAAACCUUACACAUGUCAACAGUGUGGCAAGAGUUUUGGAUGUGCGAGUAACUUAAUCAGACACAUGAGAGUUCACAAUUGAGAGAAACCAUUUGCAUACCAACAGUGUCGAAAGGGUUUUACAAGUUAAGUUGUCCUAAAGAAACACAUUAGAUUCCAUACUGGAGGAAAGAAACAUGUUCAUGCCAUCAGUGUGAGAAGAAUAUUAGAUGUGAA